CUCGAUUUUCGAUUGGCGCGCAUUGUGGCAGUUGUAACGGCUACUAGCAAAAAGAGCGCCUUGUUAUUUUCUAGUUGUUGCGUUAAGUGAUCAAUGGUUGUUGUUUAUUAAGUUUUGUAGUUUUUUAUUUAUUUAAUUUAGUAGUUUUUGUAUUCGUAGAGAAAAUGUCGUUUUCCAAGUCCAAAGUUAAGCGAUUCAAUGAAAUUAAACCUGUCACCCCAUCGCCUGCGGAUUACAAUACAGAAAGAAAGAAUAAAAUUAAAUUCGCGGUGAUUCCUAAGAGUGGUAGAUUUGUGGAUGAAAGUCCGGCCCCUUCGGAAAAUGGAUCUACAAAGAGUUCGCCACCUUUCCGUACUCCUACUUUGCCGAAAAAGAAGAAGUUCCUUACAAAUUCCACAGCGAAAAUGAAGUUGUUUGGUAAUUUUUUGACUGGUAAUACUAAUAUUAACGAUAAUGAACAAUUAAGGGAAAAAAUAGUUGAGUGUGACAAUAAGGAUUUGUAUAUUAAAGAAUUACGUGAGCAAAUGGAUGAAAUUAAAGAUAAAUUGUUAAAAUUGGAACAGGAAAAACAAAAAAUGGAUUUGGAUAGAACAGUGUAUGAAGAACAAAGCAUAAUUCUUCAGGAAGAGUUUGAAAAUAAAAGUAAGGAAUUGAAAGAAAAACAUGAUGAAGAACUACAAAUAAUAAACAAAGAAAAAGAGGAAAUUGAUAAUGAAUUAAGGCAAAUCAAAGAACAAUGCCAAAAAAUAAAAGAAGAACACAAAAAUAACAUAAUAAAACUAAAAGAAAAUAUGGAUAGAUUCCAAGAAGUCUACAGUGACUCCAUAGAAAAAUACAACCAUGAAAUUGAACAAAAAGAAGAAACAAUCCUCAAGCUCCAACAAACUCAACAAGACCUUCAAAACAAGCACUUUGAAGAAAUUGACAGGCUGAAAAAAGAGCACAAUCAAGAACUACAAGACAUGGAGUUUGAGAUGCUCAAAAUUAUGACAGAAGUUGAAAACAAAAAACAGUCAGUUUCCAUUAAGAUGAGGGAGUUUGAGGAUGCCUUGAAAAAACAAAUGCAGGAUUUGACAGAGAGGUUUAUUGAGGAAAAACAGAUGAUAAUCAUCCAAUCAGAAGAUCAAUUAAAACAGAUGAAGGAUAAUUACAAAGACGUCAAUAUUUUAAUUGAAAUGCAAACAAAAGAAAAAUUGGAAGAAUCUGAAGCAAUUUGGCAGGAAAAAUUUGCCGAACAAGAAAAACAAUCUGAAGCAAUUUUGAAGGAAUGUCAAGCCAUAAGUGAAUACAGCAUUAUACAGUGUGAGUUGGAAAAAAAUAUCAUCAAAAACGAACUUACCGACGCUGUAAAAGAAAAAACCAUGAUUGAAGAAAAAUGUGAAGAAAUCAACAAAAAUUACGACGAAUUAAACGUCAAAUACGCAAAUUUGGAGGAAAAAUUAACUCUCAUGGUUGAAGAACUGGAAGAAACUAAAGAAACCAUUGAAAAGCAAAAAGAAGAAAUCAAGGAAGCAACAAAUCAGAAGCGUUGCUAUCAGAUCACCAUGGCGACCUGCCAGGAAACAAUCGAGGUUUUGAAGAAACGCCUGAUUUCUUCCGAUUCCGACGUGGAACAAUUGAAGCAGGAAGUGAUGCAUUGCGAGGAAAAAAAUUUGGAGCAAGAGAACAAGUUGAUUCGACUGAAGGAAGAUUUGAAACGGUCUGAAGAGCAAAAUGAAGAAUUGGAGUUGCAGUAUGAAUCUUCCUUGAGGAUGAACGAAAUCGAGAUUGCUUUGAUAAAAGAAGAAUUGAAUGGAAAAAUUGAAGAAUACCGCAGAAAAACAGAAGAUUUCCUGGUUAAAACAAAUGAAGAAUGGAAGAUCCUGGAAGAUGCGCAGGAGUUGGUUGCUUGUGCGCAGAUAGAAAUCGAACAUCUGGAACUUGAAAACGAAGAGUUGAAGAAAAGGGAAGAAAAUUGCGCGGAAGUUGCGAUUAAAGAGGAAGAAAUCGCCGAGUUGAAGAAACUGUUGCUUCAAAAUCAAGAAAAAUGCGAAUCUUACUCGCAGUACGUGGACUAUUACAAAAUGAAGAUAAGCGAAAAUGAAUCGGAAAUCGAAGAGUUAUCGGGAAUAAGGAAGAAAUACAUCGAACAAAGCGGAAGAUACGACGAUAUUCUUCAAAAAUUCGAAGCUGUAAAAACCGAAAAUCUCAAAUACAAAAACAAAUUCAACACUGAAAAAAAUAACUAUGAAGAAUUACUGAAGAAAUUCCAGGAGUUACAGGCCGAUAACGAAAACAACAAGAGGCUGGUCGAAGAGCAGCGAAUUUUGAUUGGUCCUUUCAAGGAACAGUUGGAAGCCUAUGAGCUGGAAAAAGAUGCCCUAUUGGGCGAGAAUAGGUGCAUAGAAAGAGAAGCAAGGGAUAUUUCUUCAAAGUAUGCAGACGUUUUGGGACAUCAGAAUCAAAAACAGAAGAUCAAGCACUUGCAUGCUCUAAAAGAAAAGAACCUGGAAUUGUUACAGAGCAAAAUGGACCUUGAAAAAAAGGUCAAAAUUCAAUCAAAAACCAUGGAGAAACUUAAGAAGGAGAACGAAGAUCUAAAAAAGUGCCUAAAAAAGUUCAAGGCGCCUGCCAAUACGGACAAAGAGAACAUAGGCAGUCCGAAUCGCUCCCUAACAUCGAUGCAAAUCCAUUCACCAGGCCCUUUAAGAGAAAGAAACUGAAAAUAUUUACCUAUUUCGCAUCACUUUAUUGCUUAAGUCACCUUUACGCGUACUUUAAUUCUAGACAAUUUUAUUUACAGGUUUUCCGAUACGUUGAGUUUAACUCUGCAGUGCAGAGACUCAUAAGUUGGUUCUAAAACACGUUUUACCAAGGUGCAAGUUACAAGAUUACCUUGUCCACUAUGCACCUUGGUUUGCGUAAGUUUCGUAAAUUUUAAUUUAUUGUAGUUUUAAGUACCUACCUAAUUUAAAUCAUUUGAACUAGUCUUAAUUUUCAAAGUUUCUACCAAAGUAGUUCCCCAUUUUUUUUAUUUAUUGACCUCAGUUUUUUUAAAUAUGUAUGUUUUCUUGAAAAGGCUGA